AUGUCUUUUGAAGUAGUUCACAAGAAAAAGAAGAUUACUUUUCACAAGUCAAUGCUCAAUUCUUGCAGGCAUAACUUAACAACUUCAUUUGGUGGAAACAGAAUUUCGUAUCAAACUUCUUCAAAAUCUUCAAGAAAGAUGCAAUCUUCUCCUCCAUUUCCUCCUUUACAACCUCCAACUGCCUCUUUACCUUUUGUGAGUAUUAUUGCUCUUAUUUUGAUAUAUGUAGCAAUUUCCUACCUAAUCAUUGAAUUCAUAGAUGACAACGAGCACCGUGUAUCUUUCGACAUAGAACACGGCUUAUCGAUGCAGGAUACAGAAGCAAUUCCAUGGUUCGACUACGAGGGGAUUACAUCAACCAUGAGCUGCGUUAUUUGCUUGGAUUGCUUUUGGAAAGGUGACAGAUGCAAGAAACUCCCAAUUUGCAAUCACAUAUUUCAUGCUCAUUGUAUUGACCUUUGGUUGGUAAGAAAACUUACUUGCCCAACUUGCCGGUCCCCAUUGAAAAUCAAAGUGAGAUUGAAUGCUGUCUAA